ACUCUCCUCUGUAAAUAUCUCGAAUUCAAUUCUAAAACUUCUCCGAUUGGUUGACUUCUCUUUUAGUAUAACCGACUUCGAAAAUCAAUGGGUGUUGAUUACUACAAUGUACUAAACGUGAAUCCAAGCGCAAGCGAAGAUGAUCUCAAGAAAUCUUACCGGAGAUUAGCAAUGAAAUGGCAUCCCGACAAAAAUCCCACGAGCAAGAAAGAAGCGGAAGCUAAAUUCAAACAGAUCUCCGAAGCUUACGACGUCUUAAGCGAUCCUCACAAGCGUCAGAUCUACGAUCAAUACGGUGAAGAUGGACUCAAGUCUUCCGAUCAAGAGACGGCGGCUCCGCAGCGGAGUUACUCAUCCGUUAACAACGACGCUGGGUUCCGGUACUAUCCACGAGACGCAGAAGAUAUCUUCGCCGAGUUUUUCGGCGCGUCGGGGGAAGUAUUCGGCGGAGGAGGGACCAGCGGCGGCGGAGGCGGCGGAGGCGGCGGAGGCGGCGGAGGCGGCGGCGGCGGGAGGAGGAACGGUGAAAACGGAGGAAGCAGAUAUAGAAGCGCGGAUGCGGCGAGUCAGACGAGUAGGAAAACGCCGCCGGCGAAUAGGAAAGCUCCGGCGAUUGAGAGCAAGUUGGCUUGUACUCUUGAGGAGUUGUAUAAAGGUGGGAGGAGGAAGAUGCGAAUUUCACGCGUUGUUCCCGAUGGUUUUGGAAAGCCAAAGCCAGUCGAGGAGAUCUUGAAGAUAGACAUAACACCAGGAUGGAAAAAAGGAACAAAGAUAACAUUCCCAGAGAAAGGAAACCAAGAACCAGGCGUGACUCCUGCAGAUCUCAUCUUUGUCAUCGACGAGAAACCACAUUCGGUCUACAAAAGAGACGGGAAUGAUCUGAUCGUAGAGAAGAAAGUCUCGCUCUUGGAGGCUCUAACAGGGCUCACUCUUAGCUUAACAACAUUAGACGGGAGGAACCUGACUAUACCGGUUUUGGAUAUCGUUAAACCGGGUCGGGAGAUUGUGAUUCCUAACGAAGGAAUGCCAAUUUCUAAAGAAGUUUCCAAGAGAGGAGAUCUUAGGAUCAACUUUGAGAUUUGUUUCCCUUCGAGGUUGACGCCGGAACAGAAGACAGAUCUUAAGAGAGUUCUUGGUGGAUGUGGAAUUGACAACUAGUUUCAAGCUUAAGUUCUUGAACUCAGAGAGUAUAUUCAGUGUACAUAUACAAUAUGGUACAAAAGCUUACGAAUAAAGAGCUCAAGAUGAGACGCAUCGGGUCUUUUUCGGUCCAGAUGUCAUCUGUUGAUGGAUAAUUUUUGGACAGAAAUGCUCUGUUCGAUGUCAUCGAAUAUAUUCGGACUCUUA